AUGGGCAAGAAAUAUUCCCAUCUACUUGUGGAGCUGAUCAUACUUACAUUUUCAGAGUCAAGUCUGAAUGUAUACAGCUGGGGAUGGUAUCUUCCCUUAGUUCUUAUCUGUUGCUUCAUUUUAACAAUUAUUGGGGGCGAUUUUGGAAGACUAGGCCAUGAAGCCAUUGACAGCAACAACGCCACCAGUACCACCAGCAACAACUUGACUACCGACCUAAACACUACUUCCAGUUACCCGGCUUCUCUUACGACCAACACCAGUACCCCCAGCACUGCCGUCAAAAAAGAUAGGGCUGAGUACCUCCCGCUAUAUAGAGCUAUUAAGAGGAACGACUGGGAAAAAGCCCAAGAAAUUUUCAACCAGGACACGGAUGCAUUGACCGCUAAACUCAAUAAGUAUGGCUAUACCGUACUUCACAUUGCAAUAAAUAAUGCGGAAAAUAUUCAGUUUGUUGAGAACCUGUUGAAGGAGAUAAGACCGGAGUCACUUCCAACACUAGUGACUAAUAAUCAGAAAUUCAACCCACUACACCGAGCUGCAGUUGUUGACAACACCAAGGCUGCAAGGAUGUUGGUGGAGAAAAAUCCACGUUUGUUAUUUAUAUUGAGCGGGGAAGACUUGUUACCUAUCCACAUAGCGAUUCUGAAUUCUCACAGAACAACUUUCUUAUAUUUGUUUGAUGUAUGCAAACAACAUAUUGAGCUCUCUCAACAAGAUGGAUCUCAUAGUCCAUUUGAGGGCGUAAAUGGUGCUUUGAUUCUCAAUAGUGCAAUUUCUUCCGGGUUUUUGGAUGUUUCAUAUGAACUGAUCAUGAAGUACCCUGAUAUGGCUAGAACAAAGAGCAAGACUAUGUUUCCAUUGACGUGUAUUGCGAACAAGUCGGACUCAUAUUAUAGUGGAAUGCGAUAUAACUUCUACCAAAGAUUUGUUUAUUCUUAUGUGCCAACAAAGGACAACCGCUUACACGAUGCAAAUAAGAUCCAAGAUAUUGAGAACCAAGACACUUAUAAUGCCAAGUGCAGAAAGAGCUACUUCUCUGAAGACGAUUAA